AUGAAGUUCUCCUCUGUUUUACUUGCAACUGCCGCCGCUGCUUACAACACCACCGAUGUCACUGCCACCACUGUCAUUGAGACCAUCACAUCUUGUGAAGAGUCUGGUCCAUGUCACACUGUCACUUUGACCACCACCUACUGCCCAGAGAACUCUACUGUUAUCUCUACAUUCACUGGUGCCGCUGCUGCUGGACACGCCAACGUUUACGUUGCUGGUGUCGCUGCUUUGGCCGCAGGUGCUAUGUUGCUAUAA